AUGGCAGCAAACCAAUCCCGAGAUAACCAAAAUGAGGUUUCGCAAAAGGCACCGCGGAAAAAGGGUAAAUGGCCAAUGGAGGAAAACAAAAAGCCAGACAAUACUGAUAACAGUGUGCGUGAAACCCAGGAGCAGAAGUUAGAACGUCUUCAGAAGCAGGAGAUCACCAAGCUAGGCGUUAGAAUUCGCCAACAAAGCAGUGAGCCGACAACAAGCCCACAAACACUUAUUAUUGCCAGAAAAGCCAGCUUCAAUCUCCAGGCCGCAAAGAAUUCAGCUGAAACUCAAAGAGCUACAUGCAUUGCAUCAUCAACAGCCAUCACUCAUGGGGGAGGCACGAAGAAUGGCGUCGAGGUUGAGACAGGUCCAAAAGUUGCUUGUCAAAUACCCGAGGUUUUAUUGCCAGCGACCUCUAUUCCUGUACAGACCAUGAAGAAUGGAGAUACCGCACCUAACGAUGUAAAUGCACAUGCGAAAGACUCCCGCCAGGAACCUAAAGAUCGUUCGCUCAGAUCUUCUACCAUCAGCACGAGGGGAAGAAGAGGAGCCCGCUUCAAUAAUACCAAAAACCCUCGAUGGGCCACAAGCGCUGAAGUCAAGCCACCCCCAGCGCCACCGAAAAGCAUAGACAGUAAUGCUUUUGGUUCGGAAGUUCCUAGUGAUGCACAAACAGGUUCCGGAGAUAGCCUUGCAGCAAUGGAGAAUGGAAAGCUAUUGAGGAAGAAUCGACCGGCUGGCGUAGAUGCCCCUUUGGCCGACUGGAGUGGAAAUUGGAUGCCGCCCCCAGUUGACUGGGAUGUGCGCCCACGCUUCAACACCAAUUCCGUUGAUUUUAUUGGAGACCUGGGUCAUUGGAAGCAAAAGACUGCUGCACAGUCGCUAAAUACUACCACUGGUUUACCAUUUACUCGUUUGCCUAUGGGUUUGGUAGAGAACGCUGACCUUCACCCUGACGGCCUGAGCUUGGUGGAUCCAUCUAUGAGUGUUAAUGUGGACAAUGCAGAGGUAUAUGGCUAUUCUGGUGAUGCCAUCGAAACGAUCCAGCAUGAUGCCAACCUUAUCGAUCCUGGCAUCUUUACUGCUGACUGGGGUAAGCUUGACCUACGAAAUCCGGAUAACCUGAAAUUUCAGAACGAAUGUUGCAAUGACCUUCUCCGCAACUACAACGCAGCCAUAAGCAAAGAACGUGAACAAGAGAUCAACCUGAAGCGGGCACAGAAACUUGCUCGAAAGCGAGAAGGACCCAUCAUCCAGACGCCAAAUCCUCACACGCCGCGCAUCAACAUCUACCUCCGGCCUGCGGUACGCUCCGACAUUCCACAGUUGCAAGAUAUCUACAAUUCUUACAUUCAGAAUUCUGUCCGGCCUUCGGAACUUCAUUCCAUAACUUAUUCUCAUAUGAUGACGCGCUGGACGGAUUCGACAAGCGAAAAGCUUCCUUUCAUCGUUGCAGCGAGCAAGUCCGCAAAGAUCAACCGCGGUGUUGGCAACGCAGUCGAGAAGAUCGUUGGAUGGGCCAGUGCGACCGAUUGGGUCAGCGCGCAUUCCAUAGAAAGAUUCACCGUUGAGCUGGAAAUCUACGUACAUCAGCAACACCUACAUCAAGGUAUCGGAAAGUGUCUGAUGGACAAGCUGAUAGAUUCCACCGAUAGAGGACAUAUCGCCCGGAAAGGGUAUCCUUUUGCCUGCGCUCCUGAAUUACGUCACGAAUAUUCUGCAGGAGGUGCUCGAGAUCUCAUGACCUUGGUCAUCCUCGUCCGAGGCCUAAGCAAGCCUCAAAACGCUAAGGAAGAUGAUGUGCCUUGGAUCAAGAAGUGGUUAGAAGAUGAAUGGAACUUCGAGCAGCAAGGGCACGUUUCGUGCAUUGGCGCAAAAUUUCAGAGAUAUGUGAACUCGACAACCUUUGUCCGAUCAACCGCUUACAAGCCAAAAGAGCAGAUGAUUCCGGAAGAGUAUCAUUGA